AUAAGAAGUCGCUCUUAAAAAAAAAAAGCUGAGGUGCUGUACACUAUCACACCAGUUAAACGGACUGAGAGCUGCAGAUAUGCACAGUAAUAAUAGGAACCCUUACCCUCCAGUGUUCACUGUGGAUGCUUCAGGAUGUCUUUCAUACCAGCAACAUCACAGGACUCAUGCUGCAAGAUCUGAGCUGCCCCCGGUGCCCUGCUGGUCAUUUCCUCCUGCCAGAGUUCAAGCCAAGAGAAGGAGUUGUGGAGGCAUGAGCUCUGCUGCAGGAACUCUGCUGGUUAUGGUCCUGCUCACGGUGUUUGCUGCACUGGGACUUGGAGCCUACCAAAUCAUGACUCUGCAGAAAGAGCUAAUGCAGCUUAAACGGGCUGUAAACACAGAAAGUGAAAGCAGUGCACCUCAAAUGCUCGUUGGGCACAAAAUUGAAGACAUCAAGGACAACAAACAUGCACAGGCUGCACAUCUGACUGGAAAAAGCCAGGAGAAAGGCUUAAAGACGCUGAAGUGGGAGUCAAGGCAUGGCCGUGCCUUCACAGACGGUAUUCUGUACAGCAAUGGUGGAUUACUAGUAAAUGAAACAGGCCUCUACUUUGUCUACUCACAUGUGGAGUUCCUUUUUAAUGACUGCAAAUUUAGGGAAUCUCUGUCUCACAUAGUCUACAUAAAGCGAGAAAAUCAACCGUUAACACUUAUGAAAGAUCACAGACAGGGAGUUUGCAGGAUUGGGAGUCAGGAAGUGUGGAUUGCAGGAAGUAACCUUGGCUCUAUGCAACAGCUCCAAAAAGAUGAUUGGGUGUUUGUCAAUGUGUCCCGAACAGACUUGCUCAGUAAUGACCACCAAAGUAAUUAUUUUGGCCUCUUUAAAUUGCCAUAAAAAUUAAAAUCUAGUUAGAAGGAAGGAGAAGUGGGAUGAAUGUAUCUGCAGUAGCUUCUGGUUGAGAAUAGAAUGUUUUCAGUCUGCUUUCUGAACUACAUACAAUUAUUUUUAGUGAAUGUUCCCUAAAGACCUACAAGU